AUUUGAUAGUGCAACGCAACCUAACUAACUCACCAGCGUAGCGCACAGGGCGCAGAAUCUCUCUCUCUCUCUCUCUCUUUCUCUCUCGCCAUGGCUAUGGCUAUGCAAAGCGGAAUCGGGAUCUCCAAGGUCCUCGUCAUAGCUGGAGCUGGUUACACCGGCACCGUCCUCAUAAAAAACGGCAAAUUGUCCGAUUUGAUCGGCGAGCUUCAGUUGCUGGUGAAGGGAUUGGAAAAAUCUGGAGAUCAGGCUGAAGGUGAAGGUGAAUAUGCUGAUGCCAUAGCUGCUCAGGUGCGUCGCCUGGCGAAUGAAGUUCGGCAGUUAACAUCAAGCAGGCCAAUUACUGUACUGAAUGGUGGUUCUGGACAAAGUAGUAAUUUAUCAUCUCUCGUGGUUCCAGCAGCUGCCUUGGGUGCUCUGGGUUAUGGUUACAUGUGGUGGAAGGGCAUUUCAUUUUCAGAUCUAAUGUACGUGACUAAACGCAAUAUGGAAAAAGCUGUUGCAGAUUUGACAAAAAAGUUGCAGCAUGCCUCAGAUGUCAUUGCGGAUGCCAAGAAGCAUUUGACCCAGAGAAUUCAAAAUUUGGACGACAAAAUGCUCAAGCAGAAUGAGUUGGCACGCUCAAUUAAGGAUGAAGUUGCUGGAGUUCGAAGUACAAUUACUAAUUUCCAUGAUGACUUGGGUAUCUUGCAACUAACAGUGGAAACAUUGGAUGAAAGGUUGGCUACAUUGAGUUGGAAGCAGGAUUAUGCUAAUCAUGGGUUGGCAUAUCUCAUUGACUUUGUACAUGGAAAAACCCGGAAAAUGCCAGAUUUUUUGCAGCAGGAGCAACCAAAACUUUCUGGGAAGUCCCCUGGUUUGAUCACAUAUAAAGGAACUCCAAAUCUGAAAGGUCUUAAAGACAUUGCGGAAACAUUAUCUACUGGUUUGGAUAGGUCAGCUUCAGAUAGUAUCACACCAGAUGGCAUGGAUAAGCUAGAGCAGCAGCGAAGGCCAUUGUUGAGGACUACUACAACUAGGUGUUGAUGACAAGGUCUUAAAUGAUGAUUGCCGAGCUUUUAAGCAUUCCUCUUCUGUUUUCAUUCAGCAGUUAAUUUGCGGUUCACUUGUUCAUAAAUCAUAACAUACUUGUGCCAUAGCUGCUGUGAUAUUUAUAUAUCAAAUAUAAAUUGAACAUAGUAUUAAUAGACUAGAUAAAUUUUUAUAUUCAAGCUCUUGAAUUGUGAUUCUAUGUUGUAAAUAAAAUUUUGCUGCCAGGAGUUUGUUGCAUUGGUGCUACCAGCCUGUAUCAAUUGCUUUUGGAUGUGGUAUUGAUAUGAUUUCGUGGUAUGUUUUU